AAGGAUUUAGCAAGAAGCCCGAGUCUGUGGUCUCCCCCAUUGACUGUGAUGCGGCAGGAAAGGAGAACAGACCGAAAAGUUGCACUGCACAGAAGGGUGCGCGCAGAGUGUCCGUCUUCCAGGAUGCCAACGGGAAAAUAGAUGCACCAGCUACGCCGGCAACGAAGAGCAAGAACGAUAAGAAGCAGCUUGAUCAAGCUCGCCCAUGCACCGACUCUAAGGAGAUGGAAGACGCCUUUGACAAUUUAUUGGAUGAGCUCCAAAUUCCGGAAAACUUGCGACCAAAACUAAGCGGAAUGGACUCUACUGUCAAAGCAGCUAUGCUUCGCUCUUCUCAUGUCAUUAAACCUCCUGCCUCUGCAGUUCAAACGACUCCUAAGAAAGUACCUCACACUCUUCGUAAAUCAAAGAGUAGUGAUUCCUUUUCUUCGCCCCGCUCUGAGCAGCAUGCUUCACACGAACUUCCUCAGACCCCUCAGACCACCGGGCGGUUCCUAGGUUCUGCGAUGAGGCCAUCUCUAUCGCCGAAACGACUGUCAGAUGAGCAACCGGAGCCGGUGGACGCCAGGAAUAGACACACGCGAGGGCUCUCACUCGAUAUUAGCAAACAUUCCUCCAGAGUCCAACUACCAAUGUCACUUAGUGAUGGCAUGGGCAAGAAAUUGCAGAAAGGAUGGGCAAAGGACACAGCUCCGUCUAGAUACGCAAGCUUACUGACAAGCACGUCGAGUCUGGAAUUGGACGUGGAUCUUAUAAAAAAGUUAAGGCUCCUAUUGCGGAAUGAAUCAGCCACCUGGACCGAAACUUUCUUUCAGCUUGAUGGGUAUUCUGCUCUGCUCACCCGACUCAACGAACUCUUGGAGGUCGAAUGGAGAGAAGAGCAACAUGAUGAUCAACUCUUGCACGAACUUCUGCGGUGUCUAAAGGCACUGUCUACAUCUGUUGUGGGCUGUGCUGCCCUGCGCUCCGAAACUCCAACACCGUUCGCGCAGCUAGUGCGUCUUCUGUACUCCGACAAGAAACCGGGCGAUGUUGCAUCGCGGCAGCUCAUUGCUGAACUUCUACUUACUCUCUUCGAUUUAUAUCCGCCGACAUCUUUGCCUUCCCCAUCUUCUACAACACCCACUAGGCAGCGCCGCCGUGAGAUUUGGGAAGACUUCUCGGAUGUUUGUCCAGUCACCGACAACCCACAGCUGAUCAGCUUGCCUUCGCCACAUCGUAAUAUCUUUUCUUUCAUACGAACUCUCUUGCUUACAAAGCCUCCACUGCCUGCGGAGGCCUCGGAAACACCCCUUACACCUCAUGAAUUCAUUGAAUGUCUUCAUGUUCCACGAAUCUAUAAAACGUAUUUGCAGGAACUCUCUGACAUAUGUAGGGAUUACUUCUGGGUGUUCUGUCACCCAAGCAACACCAUAUGGAACCUGGACGAUACCGAUGAGUCGCGCGUUGAGAAGCCCCGCGCUCCUGGUGGAAUGACUGGCGGAGUUGAAUUUGAGGCAAUGGCAUAUCUGACAACACACUUUAAACUUAUCAAUGCUACUGCGAAGACUGCGGCGGACUUGAAUCUCCCCAAAGACAAUGAAUUAUCGGCACACCGAUUCCAUCAGGAUCUUUUUGCCUCCGGUCUUGAACGAAUCAUCCUUGUCGCACGAAAGGCCUCGACAACGUAUUAUCCAACGCUGCACCUCGAAAUUGCUCGUUAUGCAGCAGCAGCACUUCAAGCAGGAUUUGAAUUGCCGUGGACAUUGUCUCGUAUCAUUGGGGCUCCUCCAUCAGGCAUGGCGAAACCCGGAAGAGGUUCAAGCGACCGCGAGCGGAACCGCAAAUCGGUUGCGAGGUCGAACGGUGCUCGCGGUUCGCCAUCAACUCCAACACGGGAUGGAAGAAGCGCACUAGGGGUUCCUAAGAUACCCACACCAAAGAAGAUUGAGCCUCUUCAUAUGAACUGAGGUGAUGGCUAGCCGAGCUUUGCGAACUUUGAUUCACCAUGCGUACCUUUCUUCUUUCAAUCUUAUGGAUGAUGGGAUGCUAAUGUCUUACUCGGGUUCUCGAGAAUGCGUUACAUCGUCCUGGGCCUGGGAAAUGAUCAUGGCCUGUGCACCUAUUUAUGUUACGAGUGAACGAUCUAUGUGUUUCUUAUGUAUUCCCGCUUUGUUUCCUAUCCUAUAACUUCUGUUCUUAGCACAUGUGGGACAAAUAAAGCUCCCAUCAUAGAAGUAGCUGCUCGUACCCUAGAUUG